GCAUCCUGGGUCAUUACGUAACAAAAUGGCGCGUGUUUCGAAGAGAAGAAUAGUUCACUCGUAAAUAUAUUCGAGAUUCUCCGACAGUUUGUUGUAAAUACGAACCGUACAUGGCCGACAUACCUAGGAGAUAGUCGUCUGCACCCCUGGAGAAGAUUUGGAGGUUCCCCUGGAUAUCUAAACCUACUUUCUAUCCCCGAUAGUAUGAGACGUAGCCAGGCUCCCAGCCAGCUGGCUGCAGGCAAACGUAAGCCUGGGGAUGAUGAUGAAGACUGGAGACCAAACAAGCAUCUUCUCGCUCCACAGGUUGCCAAGAGGACCAAAGCCAAGUCUGAUGAUUCUCCGUCCAGUCAGUUCAUGUCGCCAUACCGACGACCUCUGACCCCCAUCACAAACCAGCCUCGUUUCCCUGACUCCUCAUCGCAUGAGGCCUUCAUCAGAUCUAUCCUGUCCAAACCCUUCAAGAUCCCCAUCCCUAAUUACAAAGGGCCCACGUUAAAGGGGUCAUUAGGCGUACGCAGACAGGGCACUCGCAGGCCGCUGCAUGACCCUGAAGAGGAGGGAGCUCUGGUGCUGUACCACCCUCCUCAACUCUCAGCACAGGAGGCUCUCAAAGUAGACCUAGAGAAGCAUCCUGUCCAUGUUGUAGUGGACCCUAUCCUGUGUGGAGUACUGCGGCCUCACCAGAGGGAGGGAGUGAAGUUCAUGUGGGACUGUGUGACGGGGGUCAGGAUACCGGGGAGCCAGGGCUGCAUCAUGGCUGACGAAAUGGGUUUAGGCAAGACUCUUCAGUGUAUCACUCUACUCUGGACACUACUGAAACAAAGUCCUGAUGCCAAGCCUACAAUAGAUAAAGCUAUAGUAGUCACACCGUCCAGUUUAGUCAAGAACUGGUACAAUGAAAUCAACAAGUGGCUGGGGACCAGGGUCAACGCCCUCGCGAUCGACUCUGGCUCUAAGGACCAGAUAGAUAGGAAUCUCGACAGUUUCAUGUCCCAGCAGGGCAGACGUGUGUCCUCCCCCAUCCUCAUCAUCUCGUAUGAAACCUUCCGGCUCCACGCUGCUGUUCUACACAGGGGGCCUAUAGGACUGGUCAUCUGUGACGAGGGCCACCGUCUGAAGAACUGUGAGAACCUGACGUACCAGGCCCUGAGCGGGCUGAAGUGCAGGAGACGGGUCCUGCUGUCAGGAACUCCCAUCCAGAACGACCUGCUGGAGUACUUCAGUCUCGUGCACUUUGUCAACACUGGCAUCUUGGGCACGGCACAAGAGUUCAAGAAGCGGUUUGAAACACCAAUCUUACGUGGUCGAGAUGCAAGUGCCUCCGAUAAGGACCAGAAGAGGGGAGAAGAAAAACUCAAGGAGCUGUUGGACAUCGUUGACCGAUGCAUUAUCAGGAGGACGGCCUCCAUCCUCUCCAAGUACCUGCCAGUAAAGAUUGAGCAGGUGGUUUGUUGCCGACUGACACCCCUACAGACUGCCCUGUACAAGCACAUGGUACAGUCCAAACUGGUGCAGGCUCAACUGGACAAGUCCAAGUCAGGGAAGGUGACGGGGUCCGCAUUCACUGCCAUCACCCAGCUGAAAAAACUCUGCAACCAUCCUUCAUUGAUUUAUGAGAGAUGUCUGGAGGGCGAGGAAGGGUUAGAUGGAGCUCUGGAUCUCUUCCCAGCUAACUACAGUCCCAAACACAUCCAGCCAGAGCUGUCAGGCAAGAUGCUGGUUUUGGAUUACAUCCUGGCCAUGACCAAGACUAAAACCUCGGAUAAAGUGGUCCUGGUCUCCAACUACACACAGACACUGGACCUGUUUGAGAAGCUGUGCAGAUCCAGAGGGUACCUGUAUGUCCGUCUGGACGGAUCUAUGACCAUCAAGAAAAGAGCAAAGGUCGUGGAGAGGUUUAACAACCCCAGUAGCCCUGAGUUCAUCUUCAUGUUGAGUAGUAAGGCGGGAGGGUGCGGGCUGAACCUGAUUGGUGCAAACAGACUGGUGAUGUUUGACCCUGACUGGAACCCGGCCAAUGACGAGCAGGCGAUGGCGCGGGUGUGGCGCGACGGCCAGAAGAAACAGUGUUAUAUCUACAGACUACUGGCAACUGGUACGAUAGAGGAGAAGAUAUUCCAGCGCCAGGCGCACAAGAAGGCCCUGAGCAGCUGUGUGGUGGACCAGGAGGAGGAUGUUGAUCGCCACUUCUCAUUGGACGAGCUGCGGGACCUCUUCCCGCUAAAUGAGGACACCAUCAGCGACACUCAUGACAAGUUUAAAUGUCGUCGCUGUGUGAACAGAAUCCAGGUGCGACCGCCGCCCGACGAUUCGGACUGCAACAGCGACCUCUCCCAGUGGCACCACGCUGCCGACAAACGGGGGCUCCAGGACCUCAUGCUCAAGGCAUGCUGGGAUGCCGCGGUGACCUUCACCUUCCACCACAGGUCACACGAGGAACAGAGGGGUGUGGUGUGAGAACAGCCUGUGAUUGGUCAGUUAGCAUCACAUGACAAGCAGAGGCAAGGACCUGAUUGGCUUGGUUUUAGUUCUCUUGUGAGAAUGCCACAUGAUUGGUUGGUUGGUCAAUAUCACACGACAAGUGCAGAAAUGGACCAAUGACUGCCUGGCUUGACUUCAGGAAAAGAAAGUUAACUUGACUGUAGAUUGGUGUAGCAAGACUGGGUAGAUCAUGGCACUGAAGAGUUAUAUCUGGUCCAAUAUGUGCAAAGAGAAACACUGUCCAAAGAAAUUGCAGUCAUUUAACAAUGAUUUGGACAAUACUUAGCACUUGGACUGUAUGAACAAUGUACUGGUACCUCAAACCUUUAAAAAGAACGUUAUCGGUCUAUAGGUAUUAGAAACAUGUAAUUGUAUCUUUUGCUGCAAUGGAUGGUAAAAAAUCAGCAUCACUGAUAAAAUUUCACCCAGGAAUAGAAGUCUCUUAGGUAGAUUAGUUAUGUAUUGAAGACUACUUUUCAUUUAAAAGAGCCACAUACAUAGUUCUGGUUACCAUUGCAUGGGUGAAGAAAUAUCUGUACUGGAUUAUUAUCCCCUGCCAUAGAA